GCCAAAGAAAUACGUACCGAAGUCCUGUAAUGCUGCCAAAACCAGCGACUCGUAUGACUCAUCCCCAAGGGCCACUCCUCAUCAGACGAAUCUGAGCGAAUGACAGUCUCGGCACAGCUGCCACAGCAUGUUACCAACAUGUUGCCUUCGGAACAUACUUCUUUCCUCGGAAUCGCCUUUUCGAUGUUCCGCAAUUCAGGAAGUGUACCGGCGCACAUUGAGGUUUGGCAAGGAUUAUGCGUGAGUCUCAGGCUGCGGAGACAGGUGACUGUUCGGGGUAAUUUGUUUGUCCUGUUCCUCCCUCCGACGUGGCAUCUACGUCUUCUCGUACUGCAUUUACUGGACUUUGCUGCAGUUAUUAGGGUGUACGUACUUAUACGUAUUCGAGAAAGAGAUUACCCAUGCUAUGACGCUUACAAACCAAUCAGUGGCUGCCUGAAGAGAGCCUCAUGGACAUGUGUUCCUGAACGAAUGACAGGGAGUCAGAGACUCCAAUAGAACACUCACCAGUUCCUAGUGUGUGACUCAAAAUUAAAGUUAAUGAUCAGUUUGCGGUCUUCAAUGGUACGUUCUUGUUUUCAAUAGAGGACCUAAGGCGUCCAUAGAUACUUGACAUGUCACAUGCACGUGAUCCGAUCUACCAUCUCUGUCGUUUGAAAGAUUCCAAUUAAAACGUCGACCUUUUGAUUGUCUAGCAAUUUGAAUGUAAACUCUAUCAAUAAACCUUGGACCAAGCCCCAU